GCGCCGGGCCGGGCGCGCAGCCCUCCCCUGGCUCCGCACCGCCCGCAGGAAGGCGCAGCGGGGUGGGGACGGGAGGAAGGAGCGGAGCCUCCCCCGGGCUGGGCAGCGCGGCUCCAGCCCCUGCCAUGUCGGAGGCGGAGAGCGGAGCUGCAGGCCCCCUUUAGGUACUGGAAGGUGCUCUAAGCUCUCCCUGGAGCCUCUCUCCCAGCCUGUCUCCAGAGCAGAGGUGCUCCAGCUCCCUGACCAUCUUCGUGGCCUCUUCUGGACCUGCUCCGGCACAUCCCUGAAACAUGAGUGCGGAAACAGAUGCAGUUUCCACAUCUGCUUACUCAUCACCAGCCAAAAGUUUGGGAGACCCUGGAAUAACUCCUCUCUCUCCUUCACAUAUUGUGAAGGACUCUGAUGCAGAUGAUGCUGUAGAACAGUUAUUUCUUGUUGUUGUGGCUAUUGAUUUUGGCACAACAUCCAGUGGCUACGCCUACAGCUUCACCAAGGAACCAGAAUGUAUUCAUGUAAUGAGACGAUGGGAAGGUGGAGAUCCAGGUGUAUCCAACCAGAAGACACCGACCACUAUCCUCCUAACUCCAGAGAGAAAGUUUCAUAGCUUUGGCUAUGCAGCAAGAGAUUUCUACCAUGACUUGGAUCCCACUGAAUCGAAGCACUGGUUGUAUUUUGAAAAGUUUAAGAUGAAACUACAUACCACUGGUAAUCUUACCAUGGAGACAGAUCUGACAGCUGCAAAUGGCAAAAAAGUCAAAGCACUUGAGAUAUUUGCUUACGCUCUGCAAUUCUUUAAAGAACAGGCCUUAAAGGAGCUCAGUGACCAAGGAGGCUCAGAUUUCGAAAACACUGAAGUAAGAUGGGUUAUUACAGUGCCUGCUAUUUGGAAACAGCCUGCAAAGCAGUUUAUGAGACAAGCUGCCUACAAGGCAGGAAUGGCAUCUCCUGAAAAUCCCGAGCAGUUGAUCAUUGCCCUGGAACCCGAGGCUGCCUCUAUCUACUGCCGAAAGCUCCGCCUGCACCAGAUGAUAGAGCUGAGUAGUAGGGCACCUGUCAACGGCUACAGCCCGAGUGACACUAUUGGGACUGGAUUUACACAGGCUAAGGAACACGUGCGUCACAAACGACAGAGUCGUACCUUCAUGGUGGAAAAUGUCAUAGGAGAGAUCUGGUCUGAACUGGAAGAAGGGGACCGUUACAUCGUCGUUGACAGUGGAGGAGGCACAGUGGAUAUGACUGUCCAUCAGAUCAGGCUUCCUGAAGGACACCUUAAGGAGCUGUACAAAGCAACAGGUGGGCCUUAUGGUUCUCUAGGAGUGGACUAUGAAUUUGAAAAGCUCCUGUGUAAAAUAUUUGGAGAAGAUUUUAUUGAGCAAUUUAAAAUCAAGCGUCCUGCAGCCUGGGUGGAUCUGAUGAUAGCAUUUGAGUCCCGUAAACGGGCAGCAGCUCCAGACAGGACUAACCCACUAAACAUCACUCUGCCCUUCUCCUUCAUUGACUAUUACAAGAAGUUUCGAGGCCACAGCGUAGAACAUGCCUUGAGGAAAAGCAAUGUGGACUUUGUGAAAUGGUCUUCCCAGGGAAUGCUGAGGAUGAGCCCGGAUGCAAUGAAUGCUCUUUUCAAACCUACAAUUGACCAGAUCGUUCAGCACCUCAGUGAAGUGUUCGACAAGCCAGAAGUGACCAACGUCAAGUUUCUGUUCCUGGUGGGUGGCUUCGCCGAGUCCCCCUUGCUCCAACAAGCCGUGCAGAGUGCUUUUGGUUCGAGAUGUCGAGUCAUCAUUCCUCAGGAUGUGGGUCUCACCAUCCUCAAAGGAGCUGUUCUCUUUGGCCUGGACCCUGCUGUCAUCAAAGUGCGGCGUUCCCCGCUCACCUACGGCGUUGGUGUGCUCAACCGCUUCGUGGAAGGGAAGCACCCACCGGAGAAGCUUCUGGUCAAAGAUGGCACACGCUGGUGCACUGAUGUCUUCGACAAAUUUAUCUCAGCCGACCAAUCCGUAGCCCUUGGGGAAACUGUGACACGCAGCUACACACCUGCCAAACCUUCCCAGCUAGUAAUAGUGAUCAAUAUCUAUAGCUCAGAACAAGACAACGUUGGCUUCAUCACUGAGGCUGGGGUGAAGAAGUGUGGCACCCUUCGCUUGGAUCUCACAGGAACUGAUGCUUCAGUACCGAACCGGCGGGAAAUCAAAACACUGAUGCAGUUUGGGGACACUGAAAUCAAAGCCAUGGCCAUUGAUGUUGCAACCUCUAAAAGUGUCAAAGUUGGUAUUGAUUUCUUAAACUACUAAUGGUCCUUUUCCCCACCACAGCCUGUUUGUGAGACUGAUCUUCCAGUAUUCCGUUUUUUGACUUUCAUGUAUCAUGUAAUCAAGUUGAAUUUCAGCAGGCUACAUGAGAACAGCUAGUAGUGAGGUGGGGUAAUGUCAUGUUUGUGCCCUUUGAUGAUCAAAGGCUGGAUUUUGAAAGACCCUUAAAAAGUUUUGGGAGCUAAAGUUCCAGAGGUAGUUAAAAGUUCCUAAAUUACUCAAGCAUGCUUAAAGAUCUACCUUUAUUAAGUACACAUUGAUUAUUAUUGGUCUCGAAGGUUAGUUAAAAAUAUAUAAAAGUAUAAUCUCUUUGCCUUGUUCUUCUUCUUCCUCUUCCUCCUAAGAAAAAGUCAGUAACCCACAUGGUUGUCGUAGGGGGUGUAUUUGUGUGGGAUAUCUGUUUAAACAGCACCAUCCUCUGGCAAUGGGAACAAAUUAGUAGUCUGUAGUAUUCUUUUAACUUUACCCGGUGCUUUCGGAAUUUAAAGUACUGAGAAUUAAUGACUCAAAGAAAUGGGAAAAGAAAAUCCUCAGAAAUCCUUAAAAUUAGAUUCAGGAAGCAAAUAUAUAUAUCUAAGAGCCUAAUAUUGAUUGCUCCAGUUUGAAAACAAGGCCUUUAUUGCCAAAGCUCUCAGAACAAGCUGUUAGAUUAAUUAGCUAGCAUUGCCCUCAUUAUACUUCGGAAGAUUAUUAAGAGCUAAGCUGUUUCCCAUUUGGGUCCUUUAAACUUAUUUUUGUUAGUUUCCAUCUGAAACCAUGGAAUCACAUAAUAGUUGAGGUUGAACAGGACAUCAUUGACUGUCUGAUGCGACCUCUCAGCUCUGAGCAGUGUCAGCCAGAACAGGUUGCUUUCUUCAGUUCUGAAUAUCUCCAAAAUGGAGAUGUCUAAACUUCAUUUGACAACUCUCACUGCAAAAAAGCUUUUUCUUCUGUUCAAAAGGAAUAUCUGGAGUUAGAAUUUGUGCACAUUGCCUCUUUCACUGGAUACCUCUGAUAAGUCUGACUGCAUCUUCUUUACUAUCUGCUGUCAGGCAUUUGUACACGUUCCUAACGUCCCCUGAGCCUUCUCGAGCCUAACAGCCCCAGCUCUUUGAGCUUCUCCUCACAUGGAAGAUACCCCAAUCCCUUCAUCAUCUUCCUGGCUCUUUGCUGGUCUCAGUCCAGUGUGUCCACAUCUGUCUUGUACUGGGAAGCACAGAACCAGAUCUGGCUCUCCAGCUGUGUGGUCUCACCAGGGCUGAAUAAGGGGAAAUAAUCACGUUCCUUGACCUGCUGCCAGUGCUGUUCCCAAUACAGCCCAGGAGGCUGUUGGCAUUCUUUGUUGCAAGGGCACAUUGCUGGCUCACACUGAACCUUGUGUCUGCCAAGACUCCGAGGUCUUUUACUGCCACCAAGCUGCUUCCGAGUCCACAGCGUGUCCUGGUGUAGGGGGUUAUUCCUCCCCAGCUUCAGGACUUUCCACUUGCCUUCACUGAACUUCGAGGUUCCUGUCUGCAGAUUUCUCCACUCUGUUGGAGUCCUACUGACCUGUCUGGUUUAUCAAGCACUUCUCCAAGUGAUUAUUUUUCUUUUCUUGUUAAUUCCUAUAUUGAGAUUUGGAAGUACAGGUAGAUGAUGGCUGUCCAGGAACGUUUAAGUGACUUAAAAGAGAGAAAACCAUUCAUAUCACGUAAUAUAUUUUGUGUAGCAAACAUUUAAAUGGAGUAAAAUAUAUUGCUGUGUUGAGUCGAAUAGCAAAUAAAGUCGAAGGCAGAAGCCAAUAUAAUGCAACUACAAAUAGCAUUAAAUAAGGCUACACAGCUUUACAUGUCUGUGAGCACAGAACUCUAACACAGGGGAAAUGCGGAGAUGGUCAUGGCAGCAUCUUGUUUUCCAGAUAACAACUUUCUGGAAACAUUUUCUUAAGCAUGUUCACCUGGAAUAUUUCUUUUGCAACUCAAAUAGUUUCUAUUUUGCAAAAUGCUACAGGUGGAAAACUUCUGAAACCUGCAUUCUAGAUCUGCCAUGAACUGACAACUACAGAUUUAAAUCCAGAUCCCACUCCAAAUGAGCAGACUGGUGCCACCUAGAAUCACCCUAAAAUACUGACGCUUUCAGAGCAUUUAUACAGAGCUGCCCAAUUACCUGCUGGAAUUCAUUACAUUUUUUAAACUUUGAAAUGUUAUUAUUAAUCUAAACCUUCCUUUCUAAUAAGUUGAGCAUGAGUUAAAUUCAUUGCUGACACUUUUGGGAGAUAAAAGCUUAAUCAGUAAUUUCACUAAUUUAUGUUCCAAUCCUGCACUUAAGCUUUCUGUGUUUAUCCUGCAGUUUUGCCACAAUAAAGAGCUGCAGAACUGAUCCACUGCAUUUUGUCAUUGAGUUUUCUGUGUCUCCUGCAGAAUUCCUUAGUUGAAUGGGAAGUGUGUUCUGCAUUCAGCUUUAAAAUAUUUAUAUAAAUAAAGGACUAAGGAGAAUGCUAGUCAUAGUAUCCAGCUGGAUACUUCCUAUGAUUACAAAGUGUGCUUGCUAGCAGUCGAUUUCCUGCUGCCUGCUAAAUGCUUUAAAAGCUAAAUACUGGGAUUUUUUUGUGUGUUGCUUUCCAUGGUUUACAAACAAGAAAAACUUUAAGAUGAGUUAUAAACAAUAUAAUUUUAUGUAUAUACAAUAUUUAAAUAUUGUACAGACUCUUUCUUUUUACAGUGCUAUUUUAUUGUAUAAAAAUGCUCUUUGCCUCUGUUGAUUUCAUUCAGCUGUUAAUUUUAAAUAACAUAGUUUCUCAAUCAGCUUCUGUAAUUAUAGGCUUUUAAAGAUGAUAAGAUAUGAAAUGUAAAAAGGUGAUCUUACAAUAACAAGAAAGAAAUGUUGGUGUGUCAGAGAAUACAACAUUCUUCCUGCAAUGCAAGUCAUACCAGUUAAACACAUUACACAGAUGCACUAGUAUGAUGCUGGGGUUUUCAUUUCUUCAUUUCAGAUGGUGACCAUUCCUUCUCCAGCAGUUCAUCAUAAUAAUGGAUGAAUCCUCCUGUAAAUCCAAGUUUAAAAUUAGUUUGUAUAAUCUGGGUAUACAGCUUCUUCACUAGGUUUUUGGGUUUUAAUAAGGAACUCUAGUUUAAAAAAAAAAAACAAAAAACCAAAACACUGCAAACAAGAAACUACCUUCCAAAGUCAGGCAACACUCAUGUAUUGUAGCUGCAGGUAAGACCCAGUCAGUCUCUCUUUACCAUUUUCACCUACCAAAAGACAAAAUUCUUCAAGAAAAACAGGCUUCGGUGUCUGUGCGUGCAGUGUUAAAUUGGGUUGGUCUGGUUCCGCACAGAUUUGUUUUCAGUGGCCUUAACACAGAAUUUGGUCUGCUAAAUGGCUGCCCUGCCCUCCUCUCCCCUAUGAAGAGGAGGUGACCUGCAAGAUUAGGUGGCCCAUGGUUUUUGUGCUGUUUUCAGCUGUCUGCAGGGUGGUUCCUGGAGCUCUUCUGAAGCACAGUUCCCUGCACAGCAGUGAUUCUCUGCCCUUUGUAUUCACCUUUUGUAAGAUCCCAUUUGGAUCCAAGCAGGGGCUUGUUGCUGAAGUUACUGCAGCUGUAAAAUGUGGUUUGCAUAUUUUUGCACUUCCUCCUUCAGUCUGAUGAGAGCACUGUCAAGCUUAUCUUUGCAGAGCACUGAACUACUGAACAAACUCCCAGCUAUCCUUGUUACCCUCUUUAAGAAUGGAAAAUUAGCUUGUCUUCCUAUGGAAUUAGAAUUUUAAGUAGAAUGUUAUGCUGUCUUCUGUAGACUAUAAGCCAGUUAAACAAUUUCACAUUGUAAGAGGCAUGUGGAUGCCCAUUUUGAUAAAGGAUGGUAGGCUGUAAAAUUAAUGUGGAAUUUACUAGGGAAUGAGUAAAUUUUAGAAUCAUAGUUCUGAUACUUUUGCAGGAGGUUCCCUGUGCAGCACUUUUUUGGUAGGGGUUUCAGAUGACACUGUGCAACUUAAUGUUGAAAAGACAAGGCCUGCUACCCGAAGGGAAAGAAGGGGUCUUGGCAGAAGUUUUGCUCUGAGCAGCAACUUGCAAGUUUGGGUCCAAGUUACUGAACUCUAGGCUAAAGUUUAGCAGCUAAUUGUGAUGGAAUGAUUAAUUGUGUUAGAAUAUGAUAAAUGUGCAGUGAUGGUUAGGACAGUUUACAUUGGUAUGAAUAUACCAGUACUUAUAUACAGGAGUUUUAAUGCAUUAUUAUGAGAAGGCUAGUUAUAUAUUGCAGGCAUUUAAUUGCCAAGAUAGGCUGCAUAUUUAUGAUAUGAAGUGGCUUAAGCGGAUGAAUAGUAUAAAAGAUGUUGGGCAUAACGUCACAGUACUCACCUGCUUGAAAUAAACUAUAUUAUAAAACCAACCAUUGUGGUCUUGUUCACCUCUGUGCAAGAUAAAUUCAGAUUUCACUGAUGUUUGGAGCUGUUCACAACUUGUCUGGAUUGUAUCUUGAGUGUUCUUGUGUCUUCAAUCAUGUCAAAUAAAAUACCUUAAAAUUAA